AUGAAACAACAUCAUCAGGUGCAAUAAUAAGGAAUGGAAUAUUAGCCAAUAAAUUAGAAAUACUUUAUACAUGAGAAAGAGAAGAUAAGACAUGAUCCUUUUGCAGAGAGUUUGGAAGAAUAUUUCUCAUUUUUUAGAAAGCGAACGAUUUAUCAUUUUUUGCUGUGUAUUUCGAAUAAGUAUAAAAGGGUCAUAGUUAUGUUCUUUAUUGGUCUCAUGAUUCCUUCUAUCAUAUUGUAAGCAGAGUAUAUUGAAGUUGAUGUAAAUGAUGGUGUAGGUAAUUUCACCAUGAACGAUACAUGGGAUCCACCUAUAAGUAUUUAUAUGUUUUCAAAAUCUGACUAAUUGUUAUUAGAUAUACAAUUGGAAUUGAAUGAUAAACUAAUUCAAGAAUUCACAAUUCAAGAAUAAUUGAUUAUUCAUACUCAAUACAUUAUCAAGAGUGAAAAACCUUAUACUUUCAGUAAGCUUAUUCUUAACACAAGCACAGCAGUUAGAUUGAUGGCACAGUUCGAUUUUGUUCCUGCUUCUUACUUAAUUAUUACUGUUGUUAUGCUUGUUAUAUCACUACUGUACUCAAUACUCACUUAUGCUCGCUAAAGAUAACUCUGA